GAUAGUUGUUCAGGUUGUCUCCAGCGCCAUGGUUCAUCGCUCAGCCUGUCUACUACUGCUCACCUGCCUGGCAGGCUUUUCUGCCACUGAAACUGGGCAGAGUGGAACUGUGGAGGAAAGCUCAUAUGGGCCGUCUUCAGUGCAGAUCAGUGGGGUCGACAUAGUGAGUGUAGGAAUACUCUAUGGUUUCCAGUGCUCAGCCAACUGCUACCCAACAUGCCAGUUCACCUGGAUCUGGGGUAACGUGACCUCUCAGGGCCAGGACCUGAGCUUGCAGCUUGAAAAACUUCAGCCAGCACAAAACCUGACCUGCACAGCAGUCAAUAAUAUUACAGGAGUAUCAGUCACUGUUCAAAAGACGCUGGAAAUUACAGCUGGACCAUCAAAUAUAAGUAUCAGCGGUCAAGCCCUUUUGAUACCUGGGAUAGCUUCCAACUUUACCUGCUCAGCUGAUUGCUCCCCCUCCUGCAACUACUCAUGGACGGUUGACUUGGAUGGCAAACCAUUCAGUACUGUACAAGGCAACACCAUUUCAGUCAUUCCACCAAGUACUGCCACCUCUGAAAGUCUGAUCUGUCAUGCUACGAACACCAUUUCAAAUCUCUACAUCUCCAAGACUCUGAUUUUGAGUGUGGCAAAUGGGCCGUCUUCAGUGGUGAUCAGUGGGGUUGACACAAUGACCGUGGGAAUAAUCUAUGGUUUCCAGUGCUCAGCCAACUGCUACCCGAUUUGCCAGUUCACCUGGAUCUGGGGUAACGUGACCUCUCAGGGCCAGGACCUGAGCUUGCAGCUUGAAGAACUUCAGCCAGCACAAAACCUGACCUGCACAGCAGUCAAUAAUAUUACAGGAGUCUCAGUCACUGUUCAAAAGACACUGGAAAUUACAGCUGGACCAUCAAAUAUACAUAUCAGCGGUCAAGCCUUUUUGACUCCAGGAGUUGCAUCCAACUUUACCUGCUCAGCUGAUUGCUCCCCCUCCUGCAACUACUCAUGGACGGUUGAUUUAUAUGGCAAACCAUUCAGUACUGUACAAGGCAACACCAUUUCAGUCAUUCCACCAAGUACUGCCACCUCUGAAAGUCUGAUCUGUCAUGCUACGAACACCAUUUCAAAUCUCUACAUCUCCAAGACUCUGAUUUUGAGUGUGGCAAAUGGGCCGUCUUCAGUGGUGAUCAGUGGGGUUGACACAAUGACCGUGGGAAUAAUCUAUGGUUUCCAGUGCUCAGCCAACUGCUACCCGAUUUGCCAGUUCACCUGGAUCUGGGGUAACGUGACCUCUCAGGGCCAGGACCUGAGCUUGCAGCUUGAAGAACUUCAGCCAGCACAAAACCUGACCUGCACAGCAGUCAAUAAUAUUACAGGAGUCUCAGUCACUGUUCAAAAGACACUGGAAAUUACAGCUGGACCAUCAAAUAUACAUAUCAGCGGUCAAGCCUUUUUGACUCCAGGAGUUGCAUCCAACUUUACCUGCUCAGCUGAUUGCUCCCCCUCCUGCAACUACUCAUGGACGGUUGAUUUAUAUGGCAAACCAUUCAGUACUGUACAAGGCAACACCAUUUCAGUCAUUCCACCAAGUACUGCCACCUCUGAAAGUCUGAUCUGUCAGGCUCAGGACACUGCCUCACAUCUCUACAUCUCCAAGUCUCUAGUUCUAUGGGUGGCAAGUUUAUCCAACGCUGUCAUCAAUGGUGACAGUAGAGUCACAAUGGGAAAACAGUACUCAUACAUUUGCUCUGCCACGUGCAUUCCAUCCUGUGAUUUCACUUGGAAGUUCAUGGGUAGGAUUUACCAGGGUGACCAAAUCCAGUUACCCAUCAUGCAUCAGGGGAAUGAGCCUCUGACCUGUGAGGUCAUGAACACGUUAUCUAACACAACUAUUACCGCCACUGUGAACCUCACCAUCAUUGAUCCAUUCGAAGUGCAUCCCAGCUCUCAGGACCUGCCAAUUGCCGGUGAGCCAUUCUCUCUGCAGUGUGUUGGCCAUCAGGACACAGCCUCCAUAACAUGGCUCAAGAACAAAUACCCAAUGGCAGCUUCUGAACGAGUGCAUUUCUCACCGGACAACAACUCAGUGAACUUCAGUCCUCUCUUACGUGAGGACGGGGGGUUAUACCAAUGCUUGGUACUAGAGGGCGGGAACAGCAGCACAUUGGUAUCACGUGAAAGUGGAACACCCAUCCAGUCUGUUGGCUACCUGCUGCAAGUAAACUAUGGUCCGGAUAAGGUGCUUAUUGUGAAACCUAAAAAAGGCCCGGUGGGUAAGGAGAUGUUCGCCCUGCCUGCAUCUGUAACAGAGCUGCAAUGUUUGACUGACUGCUUCCCCGCCUGCUCCAUUAGCUGGUUUUACCAUGGCACAUUCCUGUCUACAAAUGCCACCAUAUUCUUCACAUCUGGAACACCUCCAAACGAGGCCGCCCUCAAUUGUGUGGCUUUUAACUCGGUGACAAAAAAAAACAAAACAGCUGAGACGACAGUGGUGGUGCCUGAUGGACCAAAGAAUGUGAUCAUUUCAGGACCAGACUCUCUUGAAAUAGGGAUCACAACGAGCUUUACAUGCACUGCUGAGUGCACUCCUUCCUGCAACUUCACAUGGAUCUUGUACGGGAAAACUAUGACGAGUGAUGAAAUUGACAUCACUAUGAACCCCCACAUUUCCAAAGAGUCCAUCAGCUGCCUGGCUGAAAACACGAUCACUGGGAAGACGGUGAUGGUCAACGGAACCCUCAGCGUUUCAGAUCCUCACUGGUGUAGAUGUUAAGACACUGAAAGGGCUGGACUCGACUCUCCUGACCUGCUAAUGCUGUGCACACAGUGAAGAUACAAUUUGGCAAUCUCUUUAUUAAUGACAAUUACUGUAUGUGUUCGGCUGUGUUUGCUCAAGCGUUGUGUAUGCUGACUAAAUAGGGCGUUUCCAUGUUCCUUGCCUGUAGCACAAUGCAUUCCGAGAUAGGUUCUAACCUCACUGUGACCCUGAACAAGAUUAGACAUGUAUAGAGAAAGGACUUGCCUGCUUCAGUAAUACGUUUUGGUGUUUUAAUUACGCAAGGCUAAUCAUUUUUUUUAUGACUUAUUCUCAUUUGUCUUGCCAAACAAUAUGGACCGUUAUGCU